ACCACGCAUGGAGAAGAAGUCGGUGCGGUCUAAAGCCACGCACAAUCCUACCGGCGAGUUUCGAGCUCACGAACCAUGGUCGUCCGUCGAGAAGGGUUUAUUUUUGAAGCUUAAGAUUGACGAGAGUUAUUGGGACGAGACUUACUUGGCGGCGUAUCUUGCUUGUUGGCUUUGCUCUUUCGUUCUUCCCGAAGGUGACGCCACAUUGAUUCGGCCGAGCACAUUUAAAAUGGCGUGCAUCAUGGCGACUCAACAAAAGGUGGCUCUCACCGUUCCAGUUUUGGCUAGCAUCUUUCGAGGUUUAAACAAAAUUUCGGAUUCCGUGGAGCCUUUUCGACUUCGAGCAGCUUUUCCCGCCCAUUUUGUCUACGCAUGGAUGGCUUAUUACUUCAAGACCCAUUUUCCACUUGAACGAGACUCUUGCACUCCCAAGAUGGUUCAAUACUCGGGAGAUGGAGGUGCGAGAUUUUAUGACAAUGUGAAAGCUCGCAAGCAAAUUCACAAAGGAGAUCAAGUUGCAUGGAGUUUCACGAUGUACAGUUGGGACAAAGACAUCUCAUUCAUUGAUGAUGAGAACGCAAAGGAGUCCGAGUUUUGCUACUUCAUGGCUGUCCGUUCCAAUUAUCUAACUCGGAGGUUAGAAGAUGGUUUUGUCGUUGAGCCUUAUAGUCCACAUCGCUUUAGUCGCCAAUUUGGGUUCUACCAAGUAAGACCGGGUGUUCUUUCUCCCAAUUUCCGAAAGGCUUCUUUGGAAGAUGGUCUUAAGUAUUGGGAUGCAACAGUGCUGCGUAAGUCUGCGUCCAAAGCUCUUCUCACUUGCGUGCCUUCGACCGUGAAAAAGCUUUCGAGUGCGGAUUACAAAGAUUGGUGGAGUCAAGUGUAUAAACGCUCAUUUGAAGAAAACGUGAUACAAGCUCCGCCAAAAACAAAUGGUGUUUCGAAGGAUCGAGACAAGGCCGACCAACUUGCCCCUCCCAAGGAAAAACGUAAAGUGGAUGCGGCUCCCUUGGGUGGCGUCAAUAGUAGCAGCCAUGAGCGUCAUUGGAAAAGGAAACGUGUCGAGCCCGUGGAAUUUGUUGAUGAACAUUCUCAAGGUGAUCAUCAUGAUUCGAGCGCCACUGUGACAAAGACGCAUGACGAGGUUCUUGAGGUCGAAGCGGAAGUCCAAGGCGAUCAUCACAAUCCUUAUUUUGUUGUGGAUGAGGCACGUGAAGAGGCUUUUGAUGUUGAUGCCGAGGAAAGUUCACAGGACAACUUUAAGUCUAUUGAGGGUGAUCAUUUGAAUGCAAUUCCUGUUCUCAAUGAGAAAGCAAGUGCUACACCCACGACUAAAGUUGGAGCCAAGGUUGGAGCUAAGAUUGGAGCUAUCUCUGAAUUCAACAGCGCGAGUAUUUUUGAUACACAAAUCAGAUUAUGUCUCAAAAAUAUUUGGGGUGUUCUCCGUGACAAGAUAGUAAGGACGCCAGCACAACAUCUAUCAUCUAUCGAGGAGGAGGUACGAGUUGGCAUUUCUCGUAUGAAGGGGUUGUCACAAGACUUUGAUCUUUCUCAUCUUGAAGCUAGUAUCGACACACUUUUUAUCCGAGCUUGUCACAGCCCGCUACCCUUAAUGACGGUUUAGCUGGGAUUAU